AUGGCAAGUCCUGAAGCCAACAUGGUCCAUUUCCAGGAUAUGGAACUACAACUACAACUACAACUACAAACACAACCAGAAGACACGAAUUCGCACCUUGCGAACCAUCGGGACGCACGUUUGAGCAAAGCCAUGACUAGUGCUACUACCAACAUCGACAACAGCACUGCUAUUCCUCGUCUAUAUGGCUCUCCCCCACCAUUUGACUUCACCACCGCAAACGACGCCAUUAUUAGGCAUGGCGUACCAGACUACAACUCGAGUCAUUCAACCAUCAACCUCCAAGGCGCCAGCGAUACGACAUCAGAAGUGAAUGAUGCUCUGCAAGAACUAUCCACUUGCAUCAACCAAGUGAUCAACAACAACGACAAGAACUCCGAAACAAAGGGCGCAAAUUCAAGAUAUCGAUCAGCGAGGAAACAAGUUGACAUUCGUAGUAUGCUAUGA